UUUGCAACAACAGUUACCUGCUAAUUUCACAUUUUUUGCCCCUUAAAAAACUUUGGCUCUGUAAAAAUCAUAUUAUUCCACUAUGACAGAAGAAAUCAAAUGAAAAUUAAAACUGAGACCUUUUCAUCAGUGUAAACACAUUUCACUAAACUGGAAACUUUAGAUAUUUAGAUGAAGUCCUACAGAGUGACAUGAAGUCGCAAAAGUUGCAAGAGUUCAAUCCAGCUAAAAGACAAAAAUAUUUACCUCCUGUUGUCACAUAUAAAAGGUUAUUGAGAUAAAUAGAAACUUAAACCUCUGACACUUCAGAACCACACAGGAAAGUAAAUGAUCUUAUUUAGUGAAUAAUACUUUAAAUAUGAAUAAAUCAGUUAUUCCUGAUUGUCCCCACAGCAAAUUCCAUGGAGACAUCUGGAUUUGUCCAGGACAAACUAACUGAAUGGGGAUUCAGUGAGUUCAUGCAGAGAUUUAAAGAUGAAGGCAUUGACAUGGAGACAUUUCUAAACCUUGGAGAUUCAAUCCAACUCAAUUUACUGUUUCCUAGAAUUGGACCAAGAGUAAAGUUUAGAAAGAGACUCAAAGAAUACUUACAGAUGGGGACGUGUCAUUUUGUCCAGGAAAAAUUAACUGAAUGGCAUCUCCGUGAGCUGAUUCACAGAUUUGAAGAUGAGGGUAUUGACAAAGAGGCUUUCCUAAGUCUCGAGUCAAGCAGAAUCAAUACUUUGAUUCCUAAAAUUGGACCAAGAGUAAAGUUUAAAAGGAGACUCAGAGAAUACUUACAGGACUUGAAUAGAACAAAUGAUGAUUCUGCUGACAUGAUGGAAACAAGCGCAGAGCAAGAGGACAGUCCAGAAAUGGAGCCAAACAUUUUUCCUCAGCAUUUGGAAUCUGUUUCAGCGUCUGACACAGCAGAUGGCAAAGACACGAGUAACGAGCCAAUUUGCUCCCGGGCAACAGUGACUGAAGGACAAAGUCCAACCACAUUUACAAUGUUUUACUGUCAAGAGUGUAAAAACUUCAUGGGAAACAAUCCUGAUUCUUGUUGUUCUCACUGUGCCUCAGUGUUUAACAAAGCAAGCAGCAUUCAAAAUGGAAACUUCUUUCUGUACUCAUCCCUGAAAGACCUCCUGAAAGGUAUCCUUGAGAACCACAGCACUGAGUUGUUACCUAAAACAGUUAAAGAUGAGCAUGAUAACAUCAAAGAUGUGAUGGAUGGGAUGAUGUACCAGAAUCUCCUCAGAGAGGGUAAACUAGCUGCAGAUGAUCUCACACUGACAUGGAAUUUUGAUGAAGUACCAAUUUUUAGCACCACCAGAUACUCAAUUUGGCCCCUUCAGUUUGUUAUUAAUGAACUUCCUUACACACAAAGACAGGAAAAUAUGAUAGUUGCUGGAUUUUGGUUUGGCCAAGGAAAACCUCAUAUGAACACAUUUCUGAAACCAUUUGUGGAUGAAUGUUGUGAUUUAGCCCAAAAUCCAUUUCAGUGGAGAGACAGCAGAGGCACUCUUCAUUCAUCAAAAGUCUUCUGCUUGGUUUGCUCCUCUGACGCUGUGGCGAGGCCACUUCUCCGGAAUUGCAAACAAUUCAAUGGAGAAUAUGGCUGUGACUGGUGUUUACACCCUGGCACAGUGGUAACAAAAGGCUGUGGAUCUGUGAGGUCAUACCGAUAUGAUGAAACUAAACAAGAAUCAAGAUCAAAAAAUAUGUUUGUUGAAAAUGCAAGAGAGGCUGAAAGCUCCCAUGAAAACACCUCAGAGUAUGGAGUAAAAGGAAUGUCCUUACUUUCCAGACUUCCUUUGUUUGACAUUGUGUUUGGAUUUGUACCCGAAUAUAUGCACUCAGUUUUAGUUGGUGUGACUAAGCAACUCUUUGGAUUGUGGCUGAACUCAGAGAACUCAAUGAAAGACUGGUAUGUAGGUCAACAGAUUUCACAAAUGGACUCUUAUCUUUGCAUGUUAAAGCCUCCAUCAGAAAUGAGCAGAUCUCUACAGUCACUGAAGGGUCGGGACACUUGGAAAGCAUCCGAGUGGCGAGCUUUCCUUUUAUUUUAUGCUGUUAGUGUCCUACCAGGCUUUCUCCAGCCUCCAUUUCUCCAACAUUUUUUUUGUUUGUCGGUCAGCAUUCACCUUCUGCUACAAGAAUCAGUCUCCCAAAAUGACCUUCAGCUGGCCCAUGAGAACUUGGUACUCUUUGUUAGAAACAUGGAAGAACUCUAUGGUGAAGAAAAUGUGUCAUUCAACUGCCAUCAGUUGAUCCACUUAUCUGACUGUGUGCGUAACUGGGGGCCUCUCUGGGCAACAUCAGCAUUCAGUUUUGAGAAGAACAGUGCAAAUUUAAGGGCACUGCUUAGCAACAUAAACUACAAUCCUAAAAAAAUUCAAGACAAGUUUCUCUAUUGGCAGUGCCUGCCGAGUCACCUUCGCUUCCUUGUUUCUAACGGAAAUUCUCCGUUAGCCAGAAUUUCACCAGUAAAUGACACCACUGAUUGUUACAAUCUGCUUGGAAAUUCACGGCAUCUGGAUAUCACAGGAUCCAUAAAACUAGCAAUAGAAGAGCUGUUAAAACGACCUGUUUCAUUCAGAUUAGUGGAAGCCUUUGACAGCUUCAUCAACAGAAAUACUGUUUACUCUGUAAACCAUGAAGAGACAGACAGAACAGACUGUGUCAUAAAACUCAAGAAUGGCUGCUAUGGAGAAAUACAGUUCAUCGUCAGGUUUAAAGAGAACUGUGUUUGCACAUCCAACUGUGUGUGCUCGACUAUUUCAGUCAUUGUGGUCCAGCUGUUUUAUAUCAAACUUGAUGCAGAGGGCAGCAGGAUGAUUCCUGACAGUGCAUCAAGGACUAUCUUUGUGGAAGUGGAAAGGACAACUCAGCUCAAAGCCUUCUUCUUGAAGGAUGUUAGGUGUAAAUGCAUGUAUGUGGAUGGUUGGCUGGUGCCUUUACCAAACUCAUAUGAAAGAUAUUAAAGUUCCAGCACAGCUAAGGUGUUUUCUCUGUCUUGUAUAUCAUGGCACAUGGCUGUUUUUACUACAGGAAACUAAAAACUUUUAUUUAUGUUUAUGACAGUGGUAAAGAUGGAAAAAACAAUGUCUUGGCCAAUCUUGGAAAAACUGAACGAUAAUGAAGUUUUUUCAAAGCAGUUUGGAGUCAUUUUGUUCAUAUAUACUGCUUACAUUUUCUUUUGGUGUGACUGUGUGGACAUAAUGUAGUCAGUGGAAUGUAGGAUUAUAUCACUCAGUACUAUAUGUGUAUUAUCUUUAUAUUGGAGGAAAUUAUGGAGUGAUUUGUAAACAGCCAGAAGCUUGCCUUUCCCAACUUUGUAUUCACUAUGUAUUUAUCAUACAUGUCAGUUUACCUCUAUUCAAAAUGAAAUGCAAAUUAUUGUGACACAUAAACAUGCAUGCAGGCUAAAAAUCCGGGGUGAGUGGAUCAAUGUGGUUUACUGCAUCCUGAUACAGAUUGCUAUUACUAAGAUAACAGAUCAUAAAGCUUCAUAUUACCUCAUAUUAUUGUCUAAUGGCUGAUGAGACUUAUUCUGUUUAAUGGUCUGCAAGUCUGUUGAAUAUAAUACAGAUUGUUUUGCUCAAGAAUGUUUGUAUCCUGCUACAUAAAAAUGAUUAUAAUUAAAGUCUUAUUACUUUAAAUAUGCC